AUGGGUUCCAAGGCUGCAACAUCCAUUGCCCUUCUCAUCUCCAUUAACCUCCUUUUCUUCUCCAUGGUUAGUUCCAUUGCCACUAACCCUACUCCUUCACGUCCACCUCCACCUCCUCCUGUCUCCGUCCCACCGUCACCAACCGAUUGUUCCUCGGUGGAUGUUUGCAUCAAUCUUUUGGGUGGACUUCUCGGGAAUUCAUCAACUGAUCAAUGUUGCACCGUCAUUGCGGGUCUUCUUGAUCUUAGUGCCUAUGCGUGUAUUUGCGCCCGACUCCAAGUCUUGGGUAUACCUAUUAGCCUUUUCUUGGAACUUUACGUCAACAGCUGUGGAGGAGAGAUGCCCAACAAUUUCAGUUGCAAUUAA